UAUUGGCAUAAAAACGUUUAACAGAACCGUUCGUUCAUUUAAAUCUUCUGCCGUCCUUUAUCCUGUCUGCCCAAUUUUUUUGUCGCUGAGAGAUCGAACUGUCAUGUCCACUACUGCGAAAGAAAAUUAGAAACAAGCUUUUCUUGACAAUGUACAAACCGUUAAUUAGGAUUUGAUUUGAAUUGUGACAGAUGAAUUAAUCGUUAAUUAGACACAACCGGUUCGUGCAUGAUGGAGACAAACGGUGUUGAGAAAAUGACUACUAAAAAGACGAAUGGUUUUCAUAAAGGACCGAUGGAGCUAUAUUUGGUGAGAAUAUCGCCUGCUUGUCGAGCUGUUUGGCUUUACAUCAUUCAGCAUGAGAUACCUCACCUCCUGAUAGAUGUGGAUUUCUCCAAGGGACCCAAACAUCUACCCCCUGCUUUCCGGAAUCAGCCCCAUCAAGAGGUCCCUCUUCUUGUGGACGGUGACAUUGUGGUCUUUGAAGCACAAGCCAUUUUGCGGUACUUGGGAAUGAAAUACACAGAUUCAGCAGGGUUUGGACUGUCCUUGCAGGAUCAAAUGUUAUGCGAGUCAGUAAUUGCUUGGUCCUUUGGUGAACUUUUGAGAUCAGUGGGAUAUACCUACGUGUUUCCUCAGUUCUUGGAGAGCUACUCUUUUUCUCCAGAGAGCGCAAACGAAGCUGUAAUUGAAAAAGGCCUUCGUCAAGUUACGACUCACUUGGAAAUCCUUGAAAACAAUUACCUGAUGAAAUCUAAAUAUGUAGCAGGAAACAAAAUGACUGUUGCGGACAGCUGUGUAGCCUCUGUACUCGUGCUUCUGGAGUGGACAGGAUUCAGUUUUAAAAUGUGGCCCAAGGUGGAAGUGUGGCUUAAAAAGACCAAACAACAGAUGUUCUGGGACGAAGUUCACACAACACAUAACGAUUUUGUGCGGGAACUUGAAAGAGCCAAUUUGGUACACCGUUGAUAAAAGGGAACCAAGAAUAUGUCCCUUGUUUUUUUUCUUUAUAACCUUAGGUUUUUUUAUGUGAUGAGGCUUUCCAUGGGUUGUUGCAAUACAGAAUUACAAACCAUUUAAUGUAAAACUUGUAGUUACUUAUCAAGCAUGCUUACUUUGAUCUCAUCCAUAGAGGGGGACAAACACUAGGUUAUUUUUAUGUGAUUUUUCUUCAUGCUGAUCGAUAAGCUAGUUUUAUUUAUAAGAACGUGAACAUAAAAAAAGAUACAUGUGACAUAUACACAUGUACAAGUAUUUUAAAUAUAUGUACAUGUAGUUCUAAGUAACAAAGACCACCAUUAUUAUAUAUAUAUGUAUAUCUGUCCUUUCAUUGCCAGAAAACUACAAUCAUGAGGAAAUUAUAUUGUGGAACCAAACAUGGUGUACUAGUAGAAAAGAACAAAGUAUUUAACAAACUUUUUUUUGUUUAAAGAAUAUUUUUUUAAUUGAAUUAAAUUUUGUAGUUUUGUAAUUUUAUCCUGAAAAGGUGU